AUGUUCUGGAUGGUGUUUCGGUACUUAUUCCUAUCAACUUUGUGCUUUGUGCGCCUCAGAUGUGAAGUUCAGCAAGACCGACCUAAAAUCAAGACGUCAGAUGGCGACCUCAUUUUGGAGCCUGGUUAUAAUAAAAAUAUUUAUUUACGCCCCAACGGCCCUAAAUCCAACGUGUUUAUAGGCGAAUUGAAUCUACUCAACAUUAAUACUUCUAUUAGCACCGGAGAGUAUCAACCAUCUUCAAGCAGUAGUAAUGAUCAGAAUCAUCAGGAGGUAAAUAGGAUUUUAGAACGCUUACAAAAAUUAGAGAACCAACAAACUCCCUUACCUAGUGGCUUAAUUUUUAAUAUAUCAAUCCUUGCAAGAAAGAUCAAUCGGUUAAAUAACAGAGUUUCACUACUACAAUCACAAAUUAGCGGAAGAAUAAAUAACUGCCAAGCAAACCCAUGUAAGCAUGGCGGUACUUGCUUAAAUUUGAUGUCCGGCUAUUACUGCCUUUGUCCACCGAACUGGGAGGGGACUGAUUGUGAUGAAGAUGUAAAUGAGUGCCGAAACUUCGCCGGCACCGACUUGGGCUGUCAGAAUGGAGCUACUUGCAUCAAUAAGCCGGGAUCGUAUGAUUGUUUAUGUAGAACAGGUUGGUUCGGUCUACAUUGCACAAGAAAAGCCAAAGAUUGCUCAGGAGGAGAUUUUGAAAUGUGUGGACAUGGUACUUGCUUGCCAGUGAAUUCUGGAGAUGGAGUCAAAUGUAUUUGCGAUCAAGGUUGGACUACGAAUGAUACUGGUAUAGCUUGUCUCACAGAUGUAAAUGAAUGUGAACUGUCACAAGGAGCCCGAUGUUCCGUUAAUCCUAGAGUUGAGUGUAUCAAUCUUCCUGGUUCGUUCCGAUGUGGUGAAUGUCCAUCAGGCUAUGAAGGAAAUGGAUACGUCUGCUAUGAUAUCGACGAGUGCGUCACCUUGCCAAAUGGCGGUUGCAGCGUAAGUCCAUUUGUAGCUUGUCACAAUACGAUUGGGUCAAGAUCCUGCGGACCAUGCCCUUCGGGAUACCUAGGCGAUGGUGUUACCUGUACUUGGAUAGGCUCAUGUAAUAUAAAUCACGGCGGAUGUCACCCAUCAGCUUACUGCGUUGAUAACUGGUUCGGAUUGGGCAGAAGAGCACAAUGUAUUUGCCCCAACGGUAUGGACGGCGACGGCGUAGGUCUUCAUGGAUGCUACAUUUCUACUGAAGGUAAUGCAACACAACACUGCGAGAGCAAUCCGUGCGGUGAGCAUGGGCAAUGCCACGCUCUUCGAACAGGUUAUACAUGUAUCUGUAAUAAAGGCUUUACCGGGGUACACUGUGAGAACACGGCAAAUUUAUGUGCAAGUAACCCUUGUCGAAAUGGAGGCAGCUGCAUUGUUGAUGAAAAUUCUUCAAGGGGAUUUAGAUGUGAGUGUACUGCACUAUUUUCUGGGGACCUUUGUCAGUCGCAUGCAAGUCUUUGCGGUGGUGUGUUAAAUCACGAAGAGGGUAGCAUUAUUUAUCCGAUAUCUAAUACAACCUAUAGUCAUAAUGCCCGUUGUGCGUGGGUGAUUCACACCUCACCUGACAAAGUAAUUAAUGUUACUUUUAGUAAGUUCAAUUUAGAAACAAAUCCUGAGUGUCAGUAUGACUUUUUACAAAUACAUGACGGCCGAAGCUCAGCCAGUCAAUUAUUAGGACGAUUUUGUGGUAACGCUUUUCCUUUAGGUGGAAAUAUUAUAUCUAGUCAUAAUAAUUUAUAUUUCUGGUUCAGAUCAGACCAAACAGUAGCUAAGGAUGGUUUUGCCUUGCAUUGGACUAGUAUUGAUCCAGUUUGUGGAGGGGAAAUCGACGCAAGUACCCAUGGUCACAUCAGCUCGCCUGGGUCACGAGGCAAGUACCCGCCUAAUAGAGAUUGUUAUUGGCACCUCACGACUACCUUUGGAAAAAGAAUACAGCUACACUUUUUUGAACUUGACAUCGAAGCCCACCCUAACUGUAGCUUUGAUUACAUCGCCAUUUACGAUGGAGGACAUAUUACUGAUCCUCUACUCGAAAAAUAUUGUAACUCAACCCAACCUGCACCUGUGCAAUCAAUGAGCUCUGAACUUUUAAUACAUUUUCAUUCCGACGCUUAUGGUUCUGGUUAUGGUUUCCGUAUUACAUUUGCUCCUGUAGAAGGUAUACCGGGAUGCGGUGGUUACUUCACUGAAUAUAGAGGAGAAAUUUCAUCGCCUACAUAUAACGGUAAAUAUCUUAGUAACUUAGUAUGUGAAUACAAAAUAAAAACCAGUGUAGAUACUAAAAUCCGUAUAAAUUUCAAAACAUUUUCACUCGAAAGUUCAUUCCGAUGUAAAUAUGACAACUUAAAAAUUUAUGAUGGUCCGUCGUCUGACUCUCGGCUUGUUGGCAAAUUUUGUGGCAAAAAUUAUCUUAAAUCAUACACAUCAUCUUCAAAUGCGUUAUUCAUAAGAUUCAAAUCUGAUCAUACUAUGUCCUCAGAAGGUUUCAGAAUAACUUAUGAAGCAAUUUGUCAUAAAACACUAUACGGUGCCAGUGGAGUUAUCAAAUCACCCGGAUACCCUUUCAGUUACCCAGAAAAUAGAGUCUGUGAAUAUAUUAUUAGUACUACUCCAGGAAAAGCGAUACAAUUAAGUUUUCAAGAUUUUGACAUUGAAAAUAACAGAUACUCUAAUUGUCAAUAUGAUAAUGUAGAAAUUAGAGAUGGACCGGAUGUAAACUCGACCCUGCUUGGAACUUUCUGUGGUGGCUCUGAACAUAUACCACCUAUUCAAACAUCAACAUUUAACUAUAUGUACAUCCGAUUUAAAUCUGAUAUGAGUGUUUCAGGUACAGGAUUUUACGCAAACUAUACAACAAUAGAUACUGAAUGUGGAGGUAUACAUAGAGAGACUACUGGAGAAAUCAACCAUCCCUCUGCUACAGGAACUAAUUAUAAAAACGAUCAGACCUGUACAUGGAUACUAAUUGCCCCUGAAGGACGCGGUUUUAAAAUUGAAUGGGAUGGCAGUGUCACUGGAUGUGGAGGGACGCUGACCAGUAUUAGUGGAUCAAUUUCAUCACCAAACUAUCCAGAUAAUUACAAUGAGAAUGCUGAAUGCUUCUACAGAAUAGUAACGAGCAGUGGUUCUAGAAUUCGUAUAUCUUUCACAGAACUGGAUUUGGAGAGAACACCAAACUGCAGAGAUGAUUAUAUAGAAAUUUUUGAUGGCAGAGACACAAAUGCGAUAAUGGAAACUUCGGAUACAACAUUGACCAAUAAACUUUGUGGCACUAUAUUACCAAAACCAUUAACUGUCCAGAGCAAUUCUGUUCAAAUUAAAUUUGUAUCGGGCGGGUACUUUUCCAGACCUGGUUUUCGGUUAGAAUGGGUACGAGAUGGUUGUGGUGGACGUAUUCAAAAACGAUUUGGUACUUUGUCAUUGGAUAAUAGUAUGACUGUGGCACAGAACGAAAUUGUCUGUGAAUGGAUAAUAGAAACUCCCCCAGGAACUAAUGCUGCUAUAACUUUCACGGAUUUAUAUAUGGUGGACUCUAAAAACUGCACAGUAGAUGCUAUUGAGGUCUAUAAUGGUCAAAGUAUUGAUGCACCUCUAUUAACAAAAAUUUGCCACCGUGACACAUCGUCAGUACAAGGAAGUUCUAACUUUAUUGUUGUUAAAUUUGUAAAACAAUCUUCUCUUAGGAACGUAUUUUUCCACUCUCACUUCGAUUCUUUUAAAAAUAGUUGCGGUGGCAAAAUGCAAUCUCGUACUGGAAUGAUUUAUUCUAAAAAUUAUCCUAAAAAUUACGAUGAUGACUUAGAUUGUAUUUGGUCUAUCAUAGUACCUAGAAACCACCGAAUAAAAUUAAAUAUUCUUGACUUCGAUUUAUAUUCUGUAGAUGACAGCGAAGAUACGGAUUGCGGGGAUAUGGUUAGAAUUUACGAAAGCGACGAUAUUUUGCUUUCUAAUUACACCUAUAUUCUAUGUCCAAAAACGAACAUUUCACAAAUUAUCUCAAAAAAUAAUCGAUUAACAUUACAGUUCAUUACGAACGGUUUUGGGACUGCUAAAGGUUUUAAAGCUUCUUUUACUAUGACUUGUGGUGCUCAUAUAACUGUACAUCAUGAUGGAAUAAUAAAUAAUGAUCAUUUUGUUAAAAAUUCUAAUGAAAGUUGCACAUGGACUUUAUUAGCACCAAAACCAAGUCAAAAAAUAAAAUUGACCAUAACACAUAUGUCACUUCCAAAAGAUACAACUGUCUCCACCAACAGAGCAUGUCCAUCAACAUACCUUCGAGUUUUGGACGGCGACGACGAUAAUUCACCCCUAAUAGAUGAAUUUUGUGGAAACAAAAUUCCACCAAUGAUCGUGAGCCAUGGUAGUGCGAUGACGAUAAAACUCGGUACUUAUAUUGGAAAUAUUAGUGGUAAAUUUUCAGCCCACUAUUCAACAUUAACAUCAGCUUGUGGAGGCUUAUUAACAUCAGAAGAAGGUACUAUUGCUUCUCCUAAUUACCCUCAGUCGUAUCCUUUUGGAUCGGAUUGCGAAUGGAUUUUAAGCACAUCGCCAGGUAAUAGAGUAUACAUAAAUUUUGAAAAGUUUGACUUAGAAUAUUCUGAAGGAUGUAAUGAGGACUAUUUAGAAGUACGUGAAGGUAACGGUGGCGGACAACUUAUUGGUGUGUUUUGCGGUAGUCAAAUUCCUACAAACACAACUGCCGCAAACAAGCUUUACAUAAAAUUCCACAGUGACAGCAAAGAUUCUGGACAAGGAUUUUUAAUUCACUACGGAUUUCUGCACGGUAAUGAGAUUUCUGGAUUAUCUAAUGGUGAAGUUAGCUCACCUAUGUACCCUUUUCUUUAUGAUGGUCAAGGUGAAUAUACAUGGCGCAUAUCUACAAUUGAUUCAGAACCUAUUUCUCUACGCAUAAACCAGUUGGAAAUACCUAACCAAGGCACAACGUGUCAAAAUCACUUAGCCAUUUAUGACGGUUAUAAUGACGAAGCUCCACUUCUACAAAAGAUGUGCGGAAUACUCACAAGUCAAAUCUCAUUAAAAACUUCUUCGAGUGUUGUAUAUAUUAAAUUAAAACUAGAAGAAACAAAUAGUGGAUCGCUUUUCCAUUUAAGUUGGAUGCAAGCUGAUAAUGACGUAGAAACCGAAGUAAAGGAUAAAAUUAAUUGUGGUUUAAACCGUACUGAGUCUAUAGCGCCUGGUCGUAGUUUUAUUUUUAACUCCCCCAACUAUCCAGAACCUUAUGAAAGCAAUUUGAACUGUGAAUGGGUUUUCAAAUCAACACCUGGACGUCAUUUAGUCUUGACUUUUCAAGAUUUUUCGUUAGAAGAAACCCAAAACUGUUUUGCUGAUCAUGUAUCUAUAUUUUCUUCGAAGACUCUAGGCGAAUGGAUACCUCUCAAAGAAAAUAUAUGUGAAAAUACAGCCGUAAACGGAGCAAUGAAUGCAUCAAUGUACUUAAAAAUUCAAUUCAAAACAGAUUCGUCGGUAUCACAAAAAGGUUUUUUGGCUACAGUAGCAUCAAUGUGUGGAGGCUUCCUUUUUUCAUCAUCGGGUGUAAUAGAACCAACAUGGACUGAUAGCCAAAAUAUAUAUUCAAUUAAAAUGCGAUGUGAAUGGGUGCUUAAAGUUCGACCUGGCCGAAAUAUUCGAAUUAAAUUUGAAAAGUUUAACAUCACAAAUCCAGACAGCAGUUGCUCCACGUAUGUUAUUUUACGUAACGGCGAAUCAAGAGAAUCGCCUCUAUUAGCCGAUGGAAAAUAUUGCGGAUAUUCGCAUGAAAAUAGAAAUGAAAUUGUGUCUUCCAGCAAUGCUGUAUUUGUUAGUUACGUUGCUAAUAAUAUGAGAAUUUUAAAUUCUUUUCGGAACUUUAAACUGCGUUUUGAAGAAAGAAAUAUUGAAUGUGGCGGUUCAUCCACAUUAGAUUUCGAUCACCAGUGGGAAAUUAUUACAUCACCUGCGUAUCCAUCAGUACCUUCUCCUUAUACGGAAUGUAUUUGGGUAUUUAUGGGACCUCCAGGUGAAAUUUUAAGAAUUGAUUUUAUAGACAGAUUUGACUUGGAACGUAAAGAUUCUUGUUCUACAGAAUUCGUAGAAAUUCGAGAUGGUUCAUCGAAUCUUUCACCUCUUAAAGGACGAUAUUGUGGUGAAAGACCUGGUACAAUAAAAAGUAGUAACAAUUUAUUAUAUAUUAAAUAUUCAACACAAAUAACAGAACCAAGAAAUGGGUUUAAAGCUAAUAUAUCAAUUGACGUUUGCGGUGGUACAAUUAUAGCCAGCAAUGGUGAACUAACAUCACCAGGAUACCCCCAUAUGCAAGUGUUACCAUACGGCUCAGUUUGUAAAUGGCAUAUUAUUGGACCGCCGGUAUUUACUUUGAAACUUCAACUGAAAGAUCUUAAUCUACCUGAAUCCGAAGUACCCUGUGCGACAAAAUUUACUAUAUCCGAGAAAUCUGUACCUGUAAAUAACACCAUUACAAUAUUAAAAGAAUUUUGUAGUGAUGAUAUAACAGCUUACACUACACCGAUCGAAUCGUUUACUAAUGAAGUUAUUGUUACACUUUCUAUUGGAAAAUCAAAUGACUGGGAUCAAAUUUCUGAAAGCAGAGGUUUCCGUAUGACGUUCAGCACCUCAAGACCUACUUGCGGUGGUACUGUCACAACACCUGAAGGAUAUUUGACUACACCCGGUUAUCCAAGACUAACGACAUUACGAUUUUGUCAAUGGAAAAUUAAAUUACCCGAUACAACAAGACGUGUACGUCUAGAACUUUUAGACUUCGAUACGGACAAUCAUCGAAUAGGAAUAUACAAUGACAUAAAUUUCCAAACACUCAUACAAUCCAUACCUGAUGAUAACUACUCACCGACAGUAAAAGUUUUUGAAUCAUCAGGAAGUAAAUUGGGAAUGUAUUUAUGGUUAAAACCGUUAGGAUCAAAAACUCAUCGCUUCAAGGCUCGGUUUACGUCAAAUGAUGAAGCAUUAUGCGGUGGUACUUUAAAUGGAAAAACUGGAGAAUUAGCCAGCCCAGAAAUCGAACGAUCUUAUAAUUGUGAAUGGCACUAUAGCUAUCAACAAAAUGAAGAAGAAACUAAACUAAAUACUAUUCUUAUUCAUGCAAGAGUAAAUUCUUCUUCAUUGAGUACAAUUUGCCGAUACACCGAUUCGCGCUUAAAUUUAAAGUCUACUGUUGCUAAUGAAGAUUUUACUAUUGUUCGAACUAUUUGCGGGAACAAUACGGAUGUAACCUUUAGAUUACCAUCAUCAGUUGUAGAUUUUAAAGCAACUAAAAACAAAGACUCUACUUUGAGCUUCUCAGUUAAAUGGAGUAUGCAACCAUGUGGAGGGGUAGUUUAUGUAAACGAAGAAUCCGUAAAUGUUCUGAACUUACCUAACAAUUAUAAUGAAUCAUUAGAUUGUGCGUGGGUUAUCAUUGCUCCUACAAACAAUAAAAUUGAAAUCAAAUUGGAAGGGGAAUUCAAAUUUGAUUGUUCUGAUGAAUACAUAGAGAUUGGCCAAAGCUUGGCACAACUAUCAACGGUUAUAGGUGAAUAUUGUAGGGAUAAAAUUCCUCAAUAUCCAUUAAUUACCACAUUUAAAUAUACAUUUGUACAAUAUCACACAAAACUGAAAAACAAUACAAAAGUAAAACUAAUGGUAAAAACGGCAACUAGUAAAUGCGGUGGGCUACUCACAAAAUUUGAACGUCAAUUUUCGUCACCUAACUUUCCAAAAAAUUACUUUAGCAAUGAAGAGUGCAUAUGGGAAAUUAAAGCAGAUCUAGGUUACAGAAUUUCACUUAAGUUUAUUGAACGUUUCGUUAUUGAAGACAGACCAAAUUGCACAAAGGAUGUUCUUAUUGUCUAUGAUUGGAAGGAUAAUGAAUAUAUUGAAAUAGCCAAGUUAUGUGGCCGGCGACUACCGCCGACAUACAAUUCAACAUUCAACCAAAUGAAAGUUAUCUUCCGCACAGACUCAGAAAUCAACUUAGAUGGAUUUAGAGCACAGUGGACUGAUAUUUGUGGUGGGAACUAUAUAGCAACUGAAAAUGAACAAAUAAUAUACAGUCCAGGAUAUAGUAACGAAUACGUGCCAUCACUAAAUUGUGAAUAUCGAAUACUGGCUGUUGACAAUAACAUAAAAGUUAAAUUCCUAAAUUUUGAUAUUGAAGGCACGUAUCCAUUAUGCGAAUAUGAUAAUGUCACUAUAACUGCUCAUAGUCCAAAUGACUAUAUAUAUCAAGUAUAUUGUGGGAAAGAACUCCCUCCACUUAUACAAAAUGUCGCUGAUGUUCAAGUGCUUUUCAGCACCGACAGAUAUAGCAAUAGAAAAGGAUUUAAAUUAGUAUAUUCUAUCUAUUCUUGUGGGGGUAAUAUCAACAACAAUACGGUUAUUACUUUUGACAAGUACGAAAAUAAUUUAAAUUGUACAUGGAUAAUAGAAGCACCUGUUAACAAAAUAGUUGUAUUACGUUUUCUUUACAUUGACCUUGAAAGUAAUUCAGAGUGCUAUAAUGAUUAUAUAGCAGCUUAUGAUGGAUUGAUCAUAGAUAUAAAUAAACGUCUUGCACUUAUGUGUGGUCGUGUAAAUUCUAGUACAGUUAUUAAAAGCGCGAGUAAUGAAAUGGUCCUCCAAUUCGUCACUGAUAGCAGCGUUUCAUAUAAAGGAUUUCAAGUUGAAGUUAUAUUUACUUUCUCGGAAUCGGCUGGAUGUGGAGGACAAAUCAAUUUAGCUCCAACAUCAAGUCAAACUUUAAAAUCGCCUCUCAUUGGAAACAGUGUUGUAUAUGAAAGUUACCUGGACUGCAGUUGGUAUAUCAAUGCCCCAGAAGGGUAUGUCGUUACUGUUGAAUUCAUAUCUUUCCACAUAUCAUCUUGUCACAAUGUAAAUCAAACUGCUCUAGGCAUGAGUAAAUGUGAUUGUGAUUUAGUAGAAAUAAGAGAUGGCUUAAAUCCGGACAGUUUAGUAAUAGACACUUAUUGUGGUCACACUUUGCCUCCACAAAUACAUUCCUCGCUUAAUCAUAUGUUAAUACGCCUAAAAACUGACGGUGAAAUUGCUAGCUCGGGCUUCGAAAUCACAUUAACUGCAAAAGAAUCGAUAUGUGGUCGAUCUUUGUAUCCUGUUACUCAUAAUAUGCAAAUUUUAAAAUCUCCUCGUUACGAUACGGGCUAUAUUCCACGCGGUCUACAUUGUUCUUACCGUUUAGACUCUCACGCUGAGAUAUACAGUACAGUGCGUCUUACUGUAAGAAACCUAGACUUGCGACCCGGUUUCGCAAAUACAAACAAGUGUAACUAUGAUCGUCUCCUAAUAACGAGUAGUCCUUACUCUCAGAACGUUUCGAUCGGCAAAGAAUUUAUUUUAAACCCACAAACUAAUAGCUUUUAUGAUGUUUCAAAUUUUUAUGAGCAAACCUUCCCCAGCAGUUUAGAACUUUGCGGAAAUAAAAAAUCCGUCGACUUAUACAUCACUGGAGACGUGCUAAUUAAUUUACAAACAACGUCAGAAGCAGAUCGGCGCAGUUACAAAGGAUUUGAAAUUGAAUUCGUUUUUACUGGGUACUGUGGCAGAAACUAUACAGAUCCCCAAGGUAGGUUAAAAGCACUGUACCCAACAGACGGAGAAGAAGACAAAGAUUGCUACACUCUCAUAACUGCUCCUGAAAAUAACACAAUAGCUCUCUACUUUUUCUUUAUUUCACCUGAUUAUUACAAUAAUGACGUCUAUCUAGAAAUAUUCGAUGGAGAUAAGCGUAGCGCUCCAAGUUUACUUAAGAUUGUUAAAGAAUUCUCUGAAUAUACAGCAGUGUUUUCUACCGGCAGAAAUUUGCUUUUAUAUAAUCAUCCCGUUGACAAAAAUCAAGUGACUUUCGACUCCAACUACGUGGUUACCGACAAGGGCCGUGGGUGUGGCGGUAAAUUGCACAAUGUAGUGGGACGAGUUACAAGUCCGAUGUACCCCGCGAUAUACCGCCAUAAGAACAUUUGUGAAUGGGAGCUUGAAACUCCUUAUGGGUCGCGAUUAAUGUUGCGUUUCGUAGUAUUUGACCUUGGCAUUGUGUGUGAUCAAAAUUACGUACAAUUAGUCGAUAGAAAUGGCAAUACAAUAUCAACAUAUUGCUCAGAAACGCCAGCGGAUUACACGAGUGUAGACAACUAUGUUAAAAUCGUAUUUAUUACAAACAUGAACAACGGCGGAACAGGUUGGGUUGCAGAUUUUGUAGCAGUUUUAUAG